UGUGUUGACAGGCCGGGGCAGCCCGCAGGCCUUCGCCUCUCGCCUCCCGGUGCCGGCUGCGCCCGCCAUGGACGACUGUGCGGUUGUGUCGGACCCCGAGCUGGCCGCCCUGCCGCGCCAGUUCAUCCUGCACGGGAAUGUCUUGGGCUCCACUAACAAUCUCUUGGAAGAGGAAAUCUUCAAGUACAUGACCCAGAGGCGGAGGAGGCUUUCGCCCUCUAACUCGUCUGCCUUCUCCUAUGGGUUCUCCAACUUGGGUUCAGCACUCGAGGGCUCUUCGGAUAUGUACAAUCUGCCCAAGAAAGACGACACCUUACUUAACCAGAGCAAGGGCUGUAAUGACGAGUACUAUGAGGAGAGUUACCUGACCGCCAGGACUUCUGGAGAGGCCGAUUCUGUGGGUACGUCCAAGGGCUUCCACCAGCCGGUGACUUUGCUCUCAGUUGCUGACACCUUCUACCACCAGUUGGAUGUGGAAGAGAUCGCAUAUUUGGUUUUUAAUUCCUCCACAGCACUUCACAUGGCUCUCAAGGACUUGGAUGGGAAUGAUGAAAGUCUCCUUAUUGACGAACAAAGUGAACUUAACAAAGACAUGGCCGUGUUGCAGCAAAACUUUAUGAUGGGAACUCAUCAGCAAGAAAUGGCAAUUAUUGAAAUAUCUCUUCAAUCUCUGUUAUUUGGAAGACUCUGAAGAAGGAACUUCAACGUCAGUUAUAUGACACAAGUAUAACAUUAGCUACCCUAAACUCCAUUACAGUGGCUUAGAAAUUCUAGUAUAAUUCAGUAUAUCUUGCUUAUCAUUAGUUUCUUUGUUCAAUGCAAGACCACAUUGCUGUUAACCAGCGAGUGUACCCUCAAAAGUUACGUGAAUACCAAAGUUGCAUAUAUCAGGCUUCCAGCCCUUCGAUAGUAAUGGUGACUUUUUCUCCCUAAACCUGUCAGUUAACUUUUAGCAAGAAUGAUGGGCCGACCCUGUGGUUCACUCGGGAGAGUGCGGCGCUGGGAGUGCAGUGGCGUUCCCGCCACGGGUUCGGAUUCUAUAUAGGGAUGGCCAGUGCGUUCAAGGGCUGAGCGCGGUGUGGGUGACGGCAAGCCAAGGGUUGCGAUCCCCUUACCGGUCACAAAAAAAAAAAAAAAAAAAAAAGAUAGAUGACUUAAUUUUAGGUUUGGCCUCAGUGGAUCGCUAUCAGUUCCAAGAGGUAGAAAGCACAAGCAUGGAAGGUUAAAUUGUUCUUUCUUAAGAAAAAUAUAAGAGAAGACAAAAUGAAUUUUAUCUGCUCACACUUGUUUAUUACGAAGCCGGUUACAGAGCCAAUUUCAAUGAAAAUUUGAUUUCAAAAGAAAACCUAUUCUAUGGCCGUCAAAAUGAUUAAAAGAAACUUCUGUUUGUACUUUUGAAGCAAAUUAAAGUGCUAAAUAUUAUCGAGACAACUGAACGAGAUAAAUAAAUACCAGUGCUGAGCCAUGGGUUUGUGAAUAUGUCAUUUUCACAGAGACACCAAAAUGUCAUUUAAUUGGUUUUGGUCCACUAUAUGUGACACCUGCUCUUAGCAUUGAU